CUCCUCUCCGGCUCCCCCCCCCCCGCCCCAUCCCAUUUGCUGCACUAUCCGGUAUGGCUCCUGCAGGGCUCAGCAUCUCCAACACUACACGCGGAGACCCAUCAGGAGAGAGAGGCCAUCACCCUGGACUCCAUAGCACCUCUUCUCACCUCCGGCAUCAUCUCAGGAGCAUGUCUGCUGUCCACAUCUGAGUUUCUCUUCUGCACAGGAAGCCAGCAUCUGGCCCCUUCUUUUUUUUCUGCGGCUUUUGCUGCUGUGAAUGUGUCACACUCCAGUUCUUCUCUCUCUGUCGAGCGGCUGAGGAACUCCCGCUGCGGCUGUGUUGUGACAGGUCUAACUUUUUGCUCUCGGCAGUUUUUUUUUAACCACCUGCUUCCCCGGCGGAAAGGAUGAGGGUUUAGGGUGUCGCCGGUAAGAUGCGGUUCUGUCUUGGGCUGUUACUUUGGGGUCAAGGAUAUUUUGAAGGGUCAAAGGCUACCACGACGUCCAUGCUGUGUCUCACUGAGCCAGUGGCACGGGGCUGAGAGGAAUCACGUCGUCCUUGUCCCUUUUCAGCUGUCGCGUGUGGAUUUUUGUCUGUGAGUUGGCUGGGAGGUCAGCCUACGUGCUUCUGUGGAACUUUGUGACACCUCAGAGCAAGCGGUGGGGAGUACCGGGGCUUGGGAACUACUGGUCAUGGGAAAUGCAGCAGGGAGCAUGGACCUGCCCCUGGGGCGGGAGUCCAAGAGCACAGCGGGCUCCCUCACCCCAGCGGCCCCGCAGAAGCAGCCUGCACCCCCCAAACUGCCUAUGCCAGGCGAGGAGGAGCUGGAGGAGCGCUUCAAUGUGGUCUUGAACUCCAUGAACCUGCCUCCAGACAAAGUGAAGCUCCUGUGUCAGUAUGACAAUGAGAAGAAGUGGGAGCUGGUCUGUGAUCAGGAGCGCUUUCAGGUAAAGAACCCACCUUCUGCUUACCUGCUGAAGCUCAAGAGUUACCUGGACCAAGGAGGGGUCAGCCGCAAGUUUAAGAGGCGCGUCCAGGAGUCAACCCAGGUCCUCAGAGAACUUGAGAUCUCCCUACGGACCAAUCAUAUCGGCUGGGCACAAGAGUUCCUCAGUGAGGAGAACAAAGGGCUGGAUGUGCUGGUGGAUUACCUUUCCUUUGCCCAAUGUGCCGUCACGUAUGACAUGGAGAGUAUGGAUAAUGGGGGUCUGCCAGGAGACAGAGGGAAACCCCUGGAUAAAUCGGUGGAAGACUUGAGCAAGAGUGCCAGCAACUCACCGACCCAUGGAGCCUCGAAGGCUGCUCGUGCACUGACAGUCCGGUUUAACUCCCUGCACAGCAGGAAAGCUCUGCGGAACUCUCGCAUCGUCAGCCAGAAAGACGACGUGCACGUCUGCAUCAUGUGCCUCCGUGCCAUCAUGAAUUACCAGUCCGGAUUCAACUUGGUGAUGACCCACCCACGGUGUGUCAAUGAAAUCACACUUAGCCUCAACAACAAGAACCCCAGGACCAAGGCACUGGUUCUGGAGCUGUUGGCUGCUGUGUGCUUGGUGAGGGGAGGACAUGAUAUCAUCAUCUCUGCCUUUGAUAACUUUAAAGAGGUGUGUGGGGAGAAAAACCGCUUUGAGAAACUGAUGGAGUAUUUCAGCAAUGAAGACAGCAAUAUUGACUUCAUGGUGGCAUGCAUGCAGUUCAUCAACAUCGUGGUCCACUCUGUGGAGAACAUGAACUUCCGGGUACACCUGCAGUAUGAGUUUACCCACCAUGGACUGGACGAGUACCUAGAGAGACUGAAGUUUACAGAGAGCGAUAAGCUGCUGGUGCAGAUCCAGGCCUACCUGGACAAUGUGUUUGACGUUGGGGCGUUGCUGGAGGAUGCUGAGACAAAGAACGCCCUCCUAGAGCAUAUGGAGGAGCUGCAGGAGCAUAAUGCGCAGCUAAGCAGCAGGCUGCAGGAAAGUGAGAGCCAGGCUGAGGAGAAGAGAGCAGAGCUGGAGAAGCAACUCAUUCAGUCCACCAAAGAGGUAGAAGUGCUGAAGGAGGGCCUGAGGGAAACAUGCAGUCAGGUGACUGUGCUGCAGCAGAGAGAGCGGGAGAGGGAACUGGACAGGGAGAGGGAGAGAGAGCGAGAGAAGAGCCAGGAAAAGGCCUCCACUGAGCUGGAGCUCAAAGUGCAGGAGCUGCAGUCCCGAGGGCUGAUCCGCCUAGAGCGAUCGGCCUCUGGAGCCCUGGACAUCCAGGUGGUGCCUGUCACUCUUACAGAGCCUACCCCAGGAUUGACCAAUCACACAGGUCCAGUUCAAAUGGCAACCGUUGAUGGCCCUGCAGCCCCUCCUCCUCCUGCCCCUCUGCUUCCCACAGCAGCUCCACCUAUUCCUCCACCUCCUCCUCUGGCUUCUUCCUGUGCCCCUCCUCCUCCUCCUCCUCCUCCACCCCCACCCCCACCUGGAAGUGGCCCUCCCCCACCCCCUCCACCACCUGGAAGUGGCCCUCCCCCACCCCCUCCACCACCUGGAAGUGGCCCUCCCCCACCCCCUCCACCACCAGGAAGUGGCCCUCCCCCGCCCCCUCCACCACCAGGAAGUGGCCCUCCCCCGCCCCCUCCACCACCUGGAGGUGGCCCUCCCCCACCCCCACCUGGGAGUGGUCCUCCACCUCCUCCAGGAGGAUUACCUGGUGGAUCUCCAGACAAUAAAGGCAAAAAACCCAUCAAGACAAAGUACCACAUGCCUCUCUUCAACUGGCAGGCCCUGAAGCCCAACCAGGUCACUGGAACCGUCUUCAAUGAGCUGGAUGACGAGCAGGUUUUGGGGGAGCUCAACAUGGACACGUUUGAGGAGAUUUUUAAGACCAAGGCGCAGGGCACUCCAGCUGACCUGGGCACGCUGAAGGUGAAGCUGGCCCAGAAGACCUCCAACAGAGUUUCCCUCAUUGAGGCCAACAGAGCCAAGAACCUGGCCAUAACACUGCGCAAGGGCGGCUUGUGCGCCUCCGACAUCUGCACAGCCAUAGAGACCUAUAACCAGCAGGCCCUGAGCCUGGACUUCCUGGAGCUGCUGGAGCGCUUCAUCCCGUCGGAGUACGAGCUAAAGCUGAUCCAGAACUACGAGCGGGACGGCCGGCCGCUGGACGAGCUGUCGGAGGAGGACCGCUUCAUGAUGCGCUUCGGGAAGAUCCCGCGCCUGCCCCAGCGGAUCAGCACCCUCACCUUCAUGGGCAACUUCCCCGACAGCGUGCAGCUACUGCAACCGCAACUGAACAGCAUCAUUGCAGCGUCGAUGUCCAUUAAGUCCUCCAGCAAACUGAAAAAGAUCUUGGAGAUCGUCCUGGCGUUUGGGAACUACAUGAACAGCAGUAAAAGAGGGGCUGCGUAUGGGUUCCGCCUCCAGAGUCUGGACCUGCUCCUGGAAACGAAGUCCACGGACCGCAGCCAAACCCUGCUGCACUUCAUCGUCAGCAUAAUCCAGCAGAAGUACCCUGAGCUGCAGUGCUUCCACACCGAGCUGCACUUUGUGGAAAAAGCUGCCCUGGUCUCUUUGGACAGCAUCCUGCAGGACCUCCGGUCGCUGGAGAAGGGCAUGGAAGGGACCCGGAAGGAGUUCCUGGUGCAGGAUGACAACCCUGUGCUAAAGGAGUUCCUGAAGAGCAACAACGAGCUGCUGAAGACACUGGUGAAUGAUGGGAAGACUGCCCAGGAGGCAUAUAAUUCAGUGGUGGAGUAUUUUGGGGAGAACCCAAAGACCACACCACCCUCCAUGUUUUUCCCCAUAUUUGUGAGAUUCGUCAAGGCCUACAAGCAAGCCGAGCAUGAGAACGAGAAAAGGAAGAAGCAGGAGGCUGCAGAGGAGGCCGGCGAGGCACCUGCCACGCCCAUCAAGAAUGAGCCCGCAGGGCACAAGAUGCCCAUGAUGCCCAAGAUGCCCCAGAUGGAUCUCAUCGCGGAGCUCAAAAAGAGGCAGGUGAAGCCCGUGGUGAGAGAAGGUAAAGACGGGGCCAUCGAGGAUAUCAUCACAGCUUUGAAGGCUGUACCCUUCACGGCUCGAUCUGGCAAGCGCUCGUCUCGUCUGCUCUGCGACUCCGGCUACGGCGAUGAGAGUCCAUCGUAGCCGCGGCUCUCUCGCUCUCUCUCUUUCCCUCUACCUGAGGAACCAGCCAUACAGACGGACAGACGGGGCCCGGCUAAGUAGCAAAAAGAAACCGGGACAGCAGCUCCAGGUGUCUUCUGACAUCUCUCUGUGACGCGCUACAGCACACCUGUAGCACACCAUGUGACACACACAUGCAAACACUCACUCACACAUGAAUGCACGUGCACCAGGAAAGCCAAACAAAAGCAAAGUGGCCCUCUCCCCCUAGACAGUGUGUGUACUGUAGGUGUCUCUGACUCAACGCUACAUGGCUGCAGGCCAGCUCUCCGAGCUGAUUCAGCUUCGCUUGUUGUUUCACAGCUCAGUGCCAGCAGCUGCAGACAAAACCCACUGUGUCUUUGCCUUUGCCUUUGAAAGCUGUGCUGAUGCUUUAUAACAUCCUGAAUAAAGAUGUCACAUCCUUCCCAGUGUAAACCAAUACCUGUGCUAGGGUACUGGCUGUCAGAGAAGGCUCUUUUCGCGGCAGUGGAGAUCUUAUAAGGCUGUGUAACCUGUAAGAACUUCAUCGAAUUCCAUUUUUGUAGUUCUUAGCUUGUUUGUUUAAAUCGGAAAUGUUUUUUAAUGGAACGAUAAGACUGGAUCUGACCAAAGAUGAAUAGCAUACAGCAGUGGUUCUCAACCUCGGUCCUGGGGGCCCAUUGUGUAUGCUGUUUUUCGUUCCAACCACAAUUGCAAUCUCGGAGUUGUAACAAGCUGUUAUUUUUCCUUAAUUAGGUGCUUCUCAUGACAGAGGGAUUAUUUGCCUGCUUAAGCCACCUUGUGUCAGAAAUAGCUACGCAUGCCAUAAAGAAUAAAAGUCCCAUAUUCACAUUGUGCUAUAUUGUAGACGAUUAGGUAAAAAGGUUAAAGAAAACUUUUUAACUAAUCAAAAUAAAGACUGAGGCAAAUCAACAGGUUCCUAAUUGGGGAAAGUGUGGACACCUGGCCACUAAAUCUAAUCAUUUGAUAGAUAACGAAGAAUUCAAAAACAAAGAAAAUUAUAACGAGUCAAACCUGUAUUGUGCUAAAUAGUUUAAGGGAAAUAUUAUGCACUUAAAGCACUUAAACACAUGUGUUCAGCAACCUAAUUAGGAGCCUAUUAAUUCCCCUCGUUAAUUUGAUCUGUUAAAAAUGUUACCUCUUUUUAAGUGAUUGUUUGCAAUCACUUAAAAAGCAACACAAUAACACAAUGGGAUUUUAUUCUUCAUGCCAUGCAUAGCAAUUUCUGACAUUAUGUGGAUUAAGAGGGUAAAUAAUUCCUCUUAAUUAAGAAAAAUGAACAGCUUGUUAAAAUUCUGAGAUCGCAAUUGUGGUUGGAACGAAAACCAGCAUACACAGUGGGCCCCCAGGACUGAGGUUGAGUACCACUGGCAUACAGGAAUGCAAUGACUCUCCGUUCUUAUCUCCCUGCCUCUAUUGGUCAGUGAGGGAAUUACCUGAAUGUCCAGAGAGAAACUGAGUAUUUAAUAUACAUGUAAUAUUUAUUACAAGAUUAUGUGACCUCUUGGCAAUAGAAAGAGGCACUAUCGAGUCCCGGUAACUCCCUAUGAACAUCUAACUCAUUCACUAAAUCAUUGGCUAAUGUAUAUAUGACCUGAAAAACUGCUUAACCUACAUGUACAUGUCCAUGCAGCACAGCCUGUAUGUAUGUGUAGUGGAAAAAAACUAACAAAAAAACCUUGGGACUGCUAAAAACCCAUUUUUUAUCAGCCUGGGCCUGUUCAGUAAAUGGCAUGCAGUCGUCUGUGACCUGACCUUCGAAGCAAAUUGCAAUAGACUGUAAUUUAGCAAUACACUGUAGUCGCUAGGCUUAUAUACUAUAAUACAGAUGACCUUUGCUCAGGUGCAAGCCUAGAAGACAGUUUGUAUGUAUUAUAUUGAAAAAGAUUUUUUUUUUAAUGAAUGUGUAACAAUUACUCAACCUUUUUAAGGCCUUCAUUGGAUGUUUUUGUUACUUUUGUUUUGAACUAAUAAAGAUUUUUAUAUUGUGGUA